AUGAAGAAACCAAGCCGCUUAUCUCCUGUCGUACUUCUAUUAGUUUCCUGCUUACGGUCGCCUCUGCUUGUUGCUGGAACUUUCCAAUGGGACAAGGACUCCUUGGACGAUUGCCACCAGCGAGAAGAAGCAGGCCAAUGCACAACAGAUUCAGUUACCUUUUAUCAGUGUCCAAUGACUUGCACCAAAAACAUCAAGGCAGAGGGAAUGCGCAAGCAAGGAGAAGCAGAGGACCCUGAGGACUUUUUUGAACUCAAGACUCCCCUGGCGAAUGGAAAAAUGCUCAAGUUUGAAAAGUUUGAAGGAUACGUUACAACGUUCGUGGUAAUACCAUUGUUCCCAGGGAUGGCACAGUACUACUUCGAUAUGAUGGAACAUCUACACAAAGUAUACCCGUUUACACUCGAGAUUGUCGUCUUGCCCAUUCGCAUUGACACGCAUCCAGACGUAAAACUGACAAUCCCCGCCAAAACCAAAAUCACAGUGCUACCAGAAAUCAAACGAGAGGCUGGUUCGGAAAGUCUCGCUGAAAGCAACAAUGUGCUAGAAUACCUGGAACAGGUGAUCUUCCCUGGGGCUGAUUUCAUUUUCACUGACCGAGUUACUGCUUACUUUGUAGCCUACAAUGCUGGAUUCGUUGAGAAGGAAGAUUCUCCUACGCUUGACUUUAUGGAACGUUUAGUGGUGCAUUACCAGGGAGAGAUGGAAUGGAAACAGGAGUUCUAG